AUGCACACAGCAGCAGCAGCAGCAGCAGCUAGCGAAGCAUCAGCUGCCAGUGCUGCUGCUGACGCCGAAGGCCCCCCGUCUGCGCCAGCAGCAGCAGCAGCAGCAGCAGCAGCAGACGAGCCCCUGCAAGGAGCAGCAGCAGGAGAAAAGCCCGCAGCAGCAGCAGCAGCAGCAGCAGCAGCAGACGCUGCUGCUCUUCUCGAGCUGGAGCUGCAGCAGCAGCCCCUCUCUGGCCGGCGGCUGCAGCAGCUAGCAGCAGCAGCAGCAGCAAGAGGCCUGCGGAGUCCGCAAGUGUGGGCGCUGCUGUCAGCAAAAGCCAUAGAACUCAACCGCUCCCAGAGACGCAGCAGCAGCAGCAGCAGCAGCAGCAGCAGCAGCAGCAGCAGCAGCAGCAGCAGCAGCAGCAGCAAGGUCCGGGGAUUUUUGCACUUUGAGGCUUUGAACUUUUUGUCUUCUUUUUCUCUCGCGGGUUUCAAAGACAGCGAGCUGCUGCUGUCGUUUGAGCAGCUGCUGCUGCAGCAGCUGCAUGCGUUUGACUGCAGGCAGCUGCUGCUGCUGCUGCAGCUCUGCGAGCAGCAGCAGCAGCAGCAGCGCAGCAGGACCCUCUACAGGGCCCUCUUCAAGGCCCUGGGGGCCCUCAGUCCCUGUCUCCUUUUCCAAGAAGCAGCAGACGCUCUUUGCUGCUUUGCUGCUGCUCGCGUCAGCAGCAGCAGCUGCUGCUUGCUGCUGCUGCAGCAAGCAGCAGCACAAGCCCCAAACGCAGCACUCGCGGAUUGCUGCCGCCUCCUCGGGGCUUUGCAUGCGCUGGGGCUGGGGGCCCCCGGGGGGCCCCUGGGGGGCCCCCCCGAGGGGCCCCCGGGGGGCCCCCUGGGGGGGCCCCCGGGGGGGCCCCCCGGGGGGCCCCCCGGGGGGCCCCUGGGUACAGAAACAGAGACUCCUUAUGCUGCAGCAGCAACUGCUGCUGAGCUUAUUAAUAAAAGGGUUCAGUUUCUUCUGGAGGCCCUCCCGCUGCAGCUGCUGCUCGAUCAAGUCAUGCUUCUCCCCACACUGGAGUUCUCGUGGCAGCCAUUUGAAGACAAAGCUUUUGCUGCUCUUAAAGAGAGGCUGUCUGCUGUAGAGACAGCCGAAGACAUCGACGAGCUGGCGGACCCUUUUUCGACUCUUCAUUAUUUGAAGACCCAACAGAUGUUGGAAAAAGUAAAUUCAAAUAAAUAA